AUGUCACACGAGAAAGAAGAACGGGCAGGGUCACGCCUGGACUCGGACUCGGUCGCGCCGGAGCUCCCAGCCAUCCACCCGUCAUUCAUCAAGGUGGCCAGGCCUUAUGUCUUUGAGCAGACAAUCCAGGACAGCAUCCAGGCCUUGGGUGUGAACCCUAUGCGCGAGGAGUCAUUGCGUUUGCAGGGUGUCUCAUGGAUUGAUAACGUGCGCAAGGUGCUCCACCUUCCUGUUCGCACCUUUAAUACAGCUGUGAUUUACUACCACCGGUUUCGGCUGUCGCAUGCGGACAGUGAGUACAACUUCAUGGAUGCUGCGGCGGCGGCUCUGUUCACCGCUUGCAAGAUUGAGGAUACUCUGAAAAAGUCGAGGGAUAUUGUGUGUGCGGCGUACAAUCUGAAGUUACCGCCCUCGGAGCACCUGUCUCCUGAUAGUCCGGUAUUUGAAACCAAUGCGCGGGGAAUUAUCGGCCUCGAAAGACUCAUGCUCGAAGCGUCUGGCUUUGACUUCCGUACCCGCCACCCACAAAAGACUCUGGCCAAGCUUGCUCAGCAUUACAAGCUGUCGAAAGAGUCCGAAGUGUCAGAUCUGGCCUACCUUAUCUCACUGGAUCUCUACCGGACAUUUGCACCAAUCAAGCAGACAACGUCAACAAUGGCAUUUAGCUGCCUCGAGCUUGCAGGACGGCUCAUGGAUCAGCGCAUAGACGCGGUGGAGUCAGGAAGAGAUUAUGCCCACUGGGACACAAGCCGCCCCGAAGUCAUGGAAACCCUUUUCGACAUCCUCGAACUUUACACUCAUCAUCGCUCCUCAACAUCCGUGGGCCCGCGUUUCCCAGCAGACCGCUUCCUCACCGUCCGAAUCCCACUCAACCAAGAAGCGAGCGAACACCGCAUUCCGCGUUACGCGCAUUGGAUAGACCGCCCACGCCAGCCCUAUAACGUUGGAAACGCACAAAAUAGCACACGGCCCAAUGAUGCAGAUACUCCACGACUUCACCACCCAUUGACGCCAACCGCAGCUAAUGGAGAUCGACACCAAACAUCUGACCGUGGUAAGGACGCGGCCGUACGAUUCAUGCUUGAUCACGACAUCGCGGACUGCGAGAAGAGGCAAGUUGCAGAGUACUUCAGAGUGGAGAUGGAAGAGUAUGAGGUGGAUGCAUGA